AUGUCACCAUCUUCACAUGGGAAGAGCCUGAAAACAUCAGCACACUCGAACAGCAAUCAACGCCUAACAUCACGCGAGACAUCACCCAAGAAGAGCCGCAGUCGCAGUCGGUCGAAGACGAGAUUACAGAGUUCGAGGUCCAAGGAGCUCCUGCUGAAUAUGACCGCCAGACCAGCGGUCAUUGAAUCUGCCGACGAAGAUUCUGACACGUCAUCGGCGGAGGAAGAUCCUCCAACGAAGCCGAAGACUAAACUCCGACUAGAUACCAGCAAAGCGUCUGAAGGCCAGACACGACCAACUGGACCGCACACGCCAAUCUCGUCGGAGGAACAAACAAGUGGUUCACCAAUGGGCACGAGUACGUUGAUACCGGAAACACCUGACUCUUAUUAUGUGAAAUCGAUGCUUCGGCCCGUUUCGACUGAGGCCGCAGAAAAUCGGGCAUAUCAAACGUUCCUCAAUAUGGAUGAUGAAACAGAGCAUUCGCCGGGGAAGGAAACUGAGCAACUAAUGCCUACUAUGAGCAACCUGAGGGUAGAUGAGUCACCCAAGUCAGAAACAGGAGUUCCAUUCAAAGAACUCAUCGACAAGCUUCUAAUACUGCCUGCAAACAAGAGUGACUCGAAGUUUGUUCCCUCUUUUUUGUGCCUUUAUCGGGCGUUCGCGACUCCUUACAAACUUCUGUCUGCUGUGGUUGACCAGUUCGUCACGAUAGAACGAACGAAAAUGGUUCACUUUACGAAGGUGGCAGAAAUGCUUCGAUAUCUGCAAGUGUUGGCACAGUGGACGGCCACCUAUCCUGGUGAUUUUGCUAGUGGCCCAGCUCGAGAUCUAGCAUUGACCUUCAUUCAAAGUAUUGAGAACAGCAAAGUGUUCGCGCCAGCUGCACGGGAGAUUAGCAACAACCUAGAUACUCUAAUUGCGGACGAGGAUUGUGACUGGGCAUUUGAUGACAAUCCCGCAGCGGCCAAAGGCAAAACUUCCUCAAGCAACCACAAGAAGACACCAACAACCUCUUCUACUUCUCUGGGGUCCUCAAGCAACGAGAAUAUCGCGAGGACAGGACGCAAAAACAAUCAUAAACACGACGAUAGUGACGAUGAAAACGACGGUGGCAACUCCUCAAGCAGAGGAUCUGGCGUUCAUUCAAAUGCCUCCAGCAUAAUCAAGAACUAUAACGCUUCUAGUCAGUCGUAUUCGAACUUGAUGCAAUUAGAAAGCGCCAAGUUGCAAGCGGAACGACUCAAACCAAACCCCCACAUUCGCCUGAGCAAAUUCCAGUGGCAUCAAUUCAUGGAGAUCCCUAUAGAUGACCUUGCACGAGAGAUUACUCGAGUCGACUGGACAAUGUACUCGUCAAUAAGACCCAGAGAUUUCGUCCGACAUGUCUCUUUGACAACAGACCAGAGAAGAAAUUCUCGUCGUGUCGAUAAUAUUAGCAUGAUGGUGAAACAUUUCAACCAUCUCGCGUUGUUUGUGUCGGGAAUGAUCUUGCUGAGGGAUAAGCCAAAACACCGAGCGAGAGCUUUGGAGAAGUUCAUGGCACUUGCUUGGAAGGUCAGGCAACUGAACAACUACAAUUCCCUUGGUGCCAUUGUGGCAGGUAUCAAUGGACAUGAAAUCGCUCGACUUAAUUCAACCAGAGAGAUGGUUCCACAUGAGGUGCAAAGGCAGUUCUUGCGACUGACCAUCCUCAUGGGCAUCUCCAGAUCUCACGCAGCAUAUCGAAUGGCUUGGGAUAACUCCUUUACAGAAAGAAUCCCGUUCCUGCCCCUGGUCAGGCAGGAUCUCACCAUGGCAGCAAGUGCGAAUCAGACAUUUAUUGGGUCGAACAUCAAUUGGAAGAAAUUCGAGAUCAUGGGAGAUGUGAUUGUAGGUAUCCAGAAAAGUCUGGAGCAGCCCUAUUCCUUUGGCCAACGAACAUCGCGUACUGAAGAAAUAACUCGCCUGAUCCUCGAAACCAAAAUCGUCGAAGAAUCAGAGGACUCGGCGGAUCCCCGGAGCGAACUAUAUGAUCGCAGCGUUCAAGUUGAACAAACGGGUGCCGAUCCUAGAAAAAAGUUUGACUGGUUACGGCGUUAA